AGCGUCCGCGGCAGGGAGAAACGCUCGGUCCGCGCUUGGUCUCAUUCUAACGGCUCACAGUCGCCGCAGCGGGUCUCUCUGGUCCCCCGGGCCUGUGUCGGCGUCUCCGCUGAGAGGGAACGGGAUGGCUAAGUCGGCGAUGUGGUCGGUGACAGUGAGUCUGGUCGUGGCCGUCGCUGUGUCUCAAGUGAGCGGCAGGAGAGUCGCCAACGCGCGGAUUUUGGGUUUUGACUGGAAGAACUGCGGGCAGCCUGAUCUUCCAGCCGUGCUGAAAACUCUGACCCUGUCUCCAGACCCCAUCGCCAUACCAGGGGACCUGAUGGCCUCCGCCUCUGGGUCCACAUCUGUUGAACUGGCCGCACCCCUGGCUUUGAAUGUGACCCUGGAGAAGGAGGUGGCCGGUUUCUGGGUGAAGGUCCCCUGUGUGGAGGAGUUGGGCAGUUGUCACUAUCAGGACGCCUGCGAUCUUCUGAACCAGCUGAUCCCACCUGGUCGGGACUGUCCUGAGCCGCUGCACACCUACGGACUGCCCUGCCGCUGCCCCUUCAAAGCUGGCUCCUACUCUCUCCCCCAGUCAGACUUCUACCUGCCCUACAUGGAUCUGCCCUACUGGCUGACUAACGGGAACUAUCGGGUCCAGGGAGUCCUGGGCAGCCAGGGCAAGGAGCUGGGCUGCCUCAAGCUCGCUCUCUCCGUUCAGUCCAGCCGAACGACACCAAACAGUCUGGAGGUUUGAGGUUUUGGUUCAUCUGCACGUUAAAGUGAUUGAUUGAAAAUUGGGAAGCAAAAGCAGGAGUUGCACAAAGUCCCGGGGCUGAUAAACCACGCAGAGGUCUGUAGAAAAGUUUUACUGUCAGAUGACAGUGAGAAAAAAGAAGAUCACAGACGUGUUAUACAUUAACUAGCAGGCAAAACCACAACAGGCCAAACAGCACAUUAAAUUCAAACAGAGUUUAUAGAAUCCUUUAACAAUGCAAACAAACGCCCUCUGUGCAGACACAAAAACUUCCGGUCUUCACUCAAAAUCACGGCUGCUUUUUGCACGAAAGUGAAGCUUUUCCGUUUGUUAAGAUCCAUCUGAGCCAUCGAGCCACAGCAUCUCAAGGUGCCAUUUCGUAAGCAUAAUGAGACGCAAGGAUGUUUCGAAUGAUGAGAUUUCAUUGCAAUUGAGAAAAAGUGACGGUAAUUCUUGAUCGGCAGAUAAGAAUUUCAUUUUUAGUUUCUGUUCUCCAUUUUCUCCAUUUUCUGUUCUCCAAAAAACAGAAGAGAAUUUUCCUGUUUCUCAGGAGUCUUUUUUCUCAUACUUCUGCGAUGAAGAAGCGAAAAUGUCCUUUAUUUCUUCGGCAUAGUCCUCAGUCUCUUUGCUUGUAGGUUAAACACGGUUUGACAUCACAAUCAGAAACAACAUCCCUUUGUCAUUUUUUUCCAAAUAGGGCAAACGAUGUUUAUGUAUAAUGUAUAUACAGCAGGUACACUCAGUUCUAUGCAACCUUAUUCACAGGGAGAGAGUUCUGUAGAUAUGAUUUGGAUCAUAAAGCUCGGAGGAAUCUGAUCCUUUCACCAGCAGCACGUUGCUCCUUUAUUAACCGAGGGAACAGUUUGUCACUGUGUGAAUUAACAGCGAGUGCUACUGCUGCUGCUGCUGCUGUGUGUGUGUGUGUGUGUGUGUGUGUGUGUGUGUGUGUGUGUGUGUGUGUGUGUGUGUGUGUGUGUGUGUGUGUGUGUGCGCGUGCGCGUGUGUCUUCUCUGCCACUUUCUUUCGCGCAGGGAUAUUUUAUCUCACGUCGACACUCUGAGGAACACAACAAAUAUUGAAAACUUUGAGCUGCUCUCGACACGUUGUCCGAUUCACACAAGCAAAAUUUAAAACCUUUAUUCAUCCUGUGAAAAUAGGCAGGAAACCGGUCUCUUGGUGGAAACCACCACGGUUCCGUUUCAUUUCUGUUCAUCCACAGAAAAAAAGAAAGUACAUCAGCAAUAUUUGUCUGAGUUUUUCAGAUUAAUGGGGAAAUGUUGCCAAUAACCCUGAGGAAGCUCCUCAAACGAACUUAUGGGGUCAAAGACUUUGAAUUGAAUGUUUGGCUUUUUUUGAACAUUUGGUUUCUCCAUUUAAUUCAAUGGAAAAACAAAUGAAGCUUCUGCUAGCAGUUCUGUGUAUUUUGUGAUGAAAUGCUCUUUCGCUUUGUUUUACAUAAUAACACCCUUCACACACUCCUUCGUGCUUUUUCAUCUGUGAGCGAAGCUGCCAGUUGUUUUAAGAAAAGUGCUUUGGGUUCUUUGCUUCAAUCGCUACAUCCAUUACGUUCGGGGAAGGGGUUUUUGAUUAUCGGGUGGAAAUCGGAAUUAUGGUACUUUUAUCUUCAAUGAAUUUGACUGUGAUUUUCUUUUUCAAUUUCCUCCAUCUGUUUUUUUUUUUUUUUUUUUUUUUACUGAGUGCCUGAUUAGGUUUUUUGGAGAAUUACUAUACAGUAUCUAGAAGUAGCAGCGAAAUGACGAAGAGAUAAAAAUAAAAUCAUUAAACAGCGAUAGAGAGAGAAUUGAUACGUGGGAGUUAAGUUUGAUAUUAGUUAAUUAUGACUUUAAUUUGCCUGAAGGUUUCAUUUGUUUUGUACCACGCUAAUGACAUUUGAUAAUGAAAUCAUGCUUGUAAUUCAUUACACACAGUGUACAGUUUUUAAUAAAC